AUGCCAUCACCUACUUCCACUGUACAUGAUGGUGAAGCUGAUCAUUCCAUCACCAAAACUACAUUAGCACCUCCAAUCACACAAUCGAAUGACCAUGCAUUACCAAGAACACUGACAACGCAUAGUGAUAGUGAUUCAAGCGAUCAUGAUCAUGAUCAUGAUUAUGAUUUAGAGAAAAGCACAGAAUUGAAAACAAAGAAAGAGAAGAAGAAUCGUGCACCUCCAGAAGGUGUUUCAGGUGUACAUGCACCUAUAGAAAUGUCAAGACCUAGAUUCUGGGCAAUCUUCAUAUCUUUAAUGGUCUCAAUAUUCUUAUUCGCUUUGGAUCAGUUAAUCGUAGCUACUGCUAUUCCGAAAAUCACGGCUCAAUUCAACUCUUUGACUAAAUUGUCUUGGCUCGCUUCUGGUUUCUUCCUCACACUGCUCGGUUUCAACUUGCUCUACUCACAAUGGAUGAACAUCUUCCCUUCAAAACAUGUCAUCAUGUUCGCUGUCUUCAUCUUCGAAAUCGGAUCCCUCGUUUGUGGUGUAGCUCCCAAUAUGGAUGUCUUGAUUUUGGGAAGAGCCAUUGCAGGUCUGGGUGCAGCAGGUAUCUUCUCAGGAGCCAUGGUCAUCAUUGCUGAAAUUACACCACUGCAUAAUCGUGCUCAGUACUUUGCCUUGUUUGGUGUUUGCUUCGCCAUCGCUUCGGUACUUGGUCCCUUAAUCGGCGGAGCUUUCGCAGAUCACGUUUCCUGGAGAUGGUGUUUCUACAUCAAUUUGCCCCUCGGUGGAGUUGCCAUUGCAGCUUUGUUCUUCUUCCAACCCACCCGACCUCCACUUGGGCGAGAGAAGACUUAUAAAGGAUACUCCAAGGAAAUGUUCAUGCAAGUCGUCAGAUGUGAUUGGGGAGGCAUGAUCAUCGCCAUGGGAUGGGCUAUCUCUUACAUCCUUUUCACCCAAUGGGGAGGUGUUACUCGAAAAUGGAGUGACGGAGGCGUUAUCGCUUGUAUCGUCCUCGCGGUUAUCUUAAUUCCCGUCUUCUUCACCUACGAAUAUUACAUUGGCGAUAUGCAGAUGUUCAAACUAAGAUUACUGAAAAGGCGAAAUGUCAUUGGUGCAUCAAUUGUCUGUUUCUGCGUUUUCGGUGUAUUCAUGAUUUUGGUUUAUUACCUCUCAUUAACUUAUCAAGCUGUUUAUCACACUUCGGCAACAUCGGCAGGCGUGAAACUGUUACCUUUAAUCUUAUUACAAGUGGCCGCCUUGAUCAUCUCAUCAAGAAUCAUCCCUAAAAUUGGUCGAUUCAAGCCUGUCAUCGUUUGCGGUCCUAUUUUACUUGCGAUUGCUUCAGGACUAUUCUACACCAUCAAACCUUCUACACCUCAGGCUCACCUGUAUGGUUUCCAAGUUAUCUUGGGUGUUGGUAUCGGUUGUUGUCUUCAAAACGUGAUGGUUUCAGUUCAACACGAAUUGAGAAGGGAGCCUUGGUUAAUCUCUUCGGGUACUGGUUUGACCGUCUUCAUCGGAUUCGCAGGACGUAUCGUUGCUCUAUCAUUGGGUGGAAGUGUAUUUGAAAAUAUGAUUCAAAGACAUUUGAAAAAUGGCGUUCCUGGUAUCACUCCUCAAAUCGUCGCAGCAGUCGUCAAUGAUGCUACAGCAGUCUGGACAACUGUACCAGAGGCAAUGAGACCAGCUGUAUUGGAAGCAUACUGCAAAACACUUUCUCAAGUUUACAUAAUCGGAUUACCAUUAGCCAUCAUCGCUUUUAUCGGAGCAUUGAUAUUGAAGAAUGAUAAAAUUGCAACAAAGGAAGAAGAAGAAGCUGCUGCCAAAUCGGCCAAAGAAAAAGAUGCAUUAGAAGCUCAAAAAGAACAACAACUUGCUGUGGCCACUGCUGAAGUUGGUGAUGCACAAGGUGCGGUUGAUGCUUCAGCGGUAUCAACUACUCAAGCAACUGAAAGAGAAGUGGACAGUUCAGCUGUUUUGGCUGAAAAAGAAGGUAAAAGUGCUGUUUAA